CUGCAUAUCGACUAUCGAUCCAUGUGCAUUUCCGACGUACCACGCAAGGUUUACCCGUUACAUUCGAGCUCUGCAUCAUGGACGAGUCACAACGCCACCUUGAUUCCAUACUAGUCCUCGAAUCAAUGCCUCAGCAGCUGGAAGCAAGAUCUGUCGGCGAUGAUUGGACUGGUAUCACAAGCCCAACAGAGAGAAGAAAACGGCAGAAUCGGAUCCAUCAGAGGCUGUACCGCAGAAACAAACGCCCUAUCGUCAAGGGUCUGCGGAGCCCGAAGUACAAUUACAUAGAAAGUGCCAGUACCAGAGCAGAGGAUCUGGUACCGAAACAAUCGAGGGGGGCCAAAGGGAGAGAUAUCCAGCCAGAGGUCCAACAGCCAGAGGGUUACCUCCUCUUAUCUACUCCUGAGUCGCGUGAAGCGUUUCAUAGCUUUACGCAAAGAGCGUACCAGAGUUACAAAGAUGGCGAGCCUCGACUUGACCAGCUGAAUAUUUUAGUAAAGGUCAACGUCCUUGCUGCCUUCGCACAUAAUGCGACCCUACUUGGUUUCAAUUUUCAAGGACUAUGCUGCCCAAAACUCGUUUCACCAUUCAAUCAUGUGGGUUCUGACGUUCUCCAGAUGGUCCUACCGUCACGGACGCUUCCGGAUGUGCUGAGGCCUACAGCAUUGCAAUUAACUGUGCGACACCAUCCUUGGAUCGACCUCAUACCUGUCCCCCGGUUACGUGAUAAUAUCCUGCUUACUAUUCAGGAGGGUCUCCACGACAAUACCCCCUUGGCUAUGGAUAUCCUCGAUGUGCAAGACCUUAGGAGCGAAGCAGCUUGCCUCAUCGUCUGGGGCGAAUCCUGGGACCCAAAUGGAUGGGAGAUGAGCGUACCGUUCUUGCGGAAGUGGGGUGGUUUACUUGAGGGCUGCUCUGAAAUGAUAGUGGCAACGAAUUGCUGGCGCCUCAAGAGAGGCGAGAGGACCAUGGCUUGUAAUUCUUGACGCGUACUAGGAUAUGUGAAUUCCGUGCUAACCUUGUUGCUAAAAUUAUAUAUCACAACGUACGAUCAACGAGUAGAAUGCAACAGUUUUUCGCAAC